AGAAGGGGACGUGGGCUCCUAUGGACCACCAGGAGAUUCACACCCUCCUCAUCAUCCAGACCAUCGGCGUCUAUGGGCCAAUCGACCUGUUGAUUCCAGAGAUCCGAGGAGUUUUAUCCUCCGAUCAGAGGAGUAUCUAUGGAGAAAUAUCGUUCCUCUCACUGGUGGCCUUGGGGAAGGAGAACAUCGACGUAACAGAGGCCUUUGACAGGGAGUACCGGCUGGCUUACGACCAACUGAGCACCGAGCAGCUCAAGUCUUUGCACCGCAUGGAUCGACCGCCCAGCCACAGCCUCAGCGUCCAGUGGUGCCUUAAAUGCUUUGGGACCCUCGUCAUCUGACCACAAACCCAGAAGUGACAGUAAAAAAGAAGUUAAAUAUUUAGGGAUGGUAAUUACAAAGAAUAUGAAUAUUAGGGAAACAUCUAAUAUAAAAGUAAUAUACAGAAUAGUAAAACUAUCCUGAAUAGUUGGCUUCAGAGAGAGUUGUCCAUCUUUGGAUGCAUUUUGCUUACAAAGAUGGAGAGUUUAUCUAGUCUUGUAUAUCCAGUUUAUUCAUUGGAUGUUUCUGGUCAAUCAAGACAAUUUCAAUUUUAUAUGGAAAAAUAAACAUAUGGAGAAAUUAUAUAGUGAAAUCUGAUGAGGAAAGGGGGUUUGAUCCAAUGAAUGGUAUUAUCAAAUUAAAAUGGUUACAAAGUUUCUUUAGGAAAGGUGAAUGUUUUUGGUUUGAUUUUCAAUCCAAGAUCUUCAGGAAUUUUGGUGGCAUAGAUUUUUCUUUUUUAUUAAGAUGUUACUUUGAUAUGUCUAAACUACCUGUCAAGUUAUCUGCUUUUCAUCAGCAUGUCCUCCAUUAUUGGAAACUGAUAUACAAGCAUAAUUUACCCCACACAUGUUCUCAAUAUUUGAAGCAUAAUAAUAGAGUCAUUCUUUUACAAAGUCUGUCUGUCUCAAAUGCCCUACUCUAAGUAGUAAUUGCACUUUAUGUAAAGUAUAUAAUGUGUGUGCACUAAAUGUAGCCUGUUGCGUAUGUCGUUUUGAUAUGUCGUUUUCAUAUAUUUUAAAUGUGUAACACCACUUGAUCCACGGUGAAAUGUUGUGUAGAUUCACUAUAUACAGUGUGAAAUGACAAUAAAACCUACUUGACUUGACUGAA